CAGACACUCCUCCUCCUCUUCCUCCUUYAUAGUCUYAGAACUUCAGAGACACACAGAUCCRUCUGAGGUUCCYACAGGCCGMCGCUGCAGGCACCUCUGUGCACUUUGACCCCAGCCUGAGAGGAAGAGACGGCAUGAGGAAGAACAACAGCGCUAUCCCRCUCAUCUAUGUGACAGAGGCGGAGCGUAGCGGCUGCGACGCCAACAUCCUCAGCAUCCCGGUGCCCAUUCGCCGUGGCGGCUCAGAGUCCAACUUGGAUGUGGUCGACAGCGUCGGCCGGGAUGGCGUCGGUGUUGAUUUCACUAAAGGAGCGCUGGGCAUCGACAUCCUGCAACAGAAGAUCCUCAAGGUGACGGARCAGAUUAAGGUGGAGCAGACAGCGCGGGACGAGAACGUGGCCGAGUACCUGAAGCUGGUGACCAGUGCCGACAAGCAGCAGGGCUCUCGGGUACGUCAGGUGUUUGAAAAGAAGAACCAGAAGUCGGCGCAGACCAUCGCCCGGCUGCAGAGGAAGCUGGAGCAGUACCACCGGCGCAUGAAGGACGGCGAGACCAACGGCAAACACAGCCACAAAGAUGGCGGCGGCAAAGAGUCUGGGACUCACAGUAAAGAGGGCAGCCUGCGGGACAUCAGCGGCACCGGGCGGCACCCGGCCGUGGAUAAAGUCAAAACCAUYGGACCGGGCGUGUCGCUCUCGCCGCCGUUCUUCUUCAACAAGCCUCGGGAGUUUGCCAACCUCAUCAGGAACAAGUUCGGCAGCGCGGACAACAUCGCCCACCUGAAGAACUCCAUGGAGACGGGCUCGGGGCUGCACGCCGAGGGCGGGACCAGGGGCCUGAGCGGCAGCGCCACGACGGUGGCCAAAAGCACCAAGUACCAGAGCGACGACGAGUGCUCCACGGGGACGUCCGCCUCAGCUGACUCCAACGGGAACCCAGCGGCAGAGUCAGGGUCUGGAGGACCCGGGAGGUCGGAGUCCAGCGGGCGUCUGGUGGAAGUGCUGGACAUGGUGCAGGAGAUCAGGGAGGCUCAGACUCAGCUGGCAGAGGACAUCGAGUCCAUGAACACACAGUUCAAAAGAGACUACAGCUAUUUUACACAGGUGAUGCAGGAGGAGAGAUACAGGUAUGAGCGCUUGGAGGACCAGCUAAAUGACCUGACAGAGCUCCACCAGCACGAGAC